AAAAGGUUUGUAUAUGACGGGGACAGGGGACAUGCCAAGAACUAAUUUUUGUUCUCCUUUCUCACCAAUCACCAAAAAGCCCAAGAAUUCAAAUGCAUUAAAAGUACCAUCUCCAUCUACUUUUUGUGCAAUUGCUGACGUGACACUCUUCUUCUCUCCUCUCUUAUAUGCUCAUGUGAUGUAGGUUUUGUCUUUAAACCAAUAUAGAAGGAAACACUCGUUUUUGAACUUUCAAAAUCUUUUCUCACAAACCCUUCUCAGUUUUUUCUUUGAUUCAACCAAACGGUGGUUUUUGAAUUUCUUGAAAAAUGGAUUUUUUUUAUCCAUCUUUUUUACUGUGAGGUGAUUUUCUUGGAGGGUUUUUGGUGUUGGAGAGUCUUGAUUGUUCUCGGGGGCAGCUUGUGUGGGUUUUGAGAGAUUCUGCAUAGGGGUUUGACUUUUCGAAGACUUUGGAAGAUUGGUGAAGCUGAUCAAGAAUUUUGACUCAUUUUCAUCCGAAUUUACUGCACUGGGAAAAACCCUCUUUAGGAUUUGAAAGUUUUGAUGAUUUCUUGGGUUUAUUACAUGAUUAUAGUUUUUGAUCGAGUUAUUAUUGGUGUUUCAUGUGAAUACAGGGUUGUUGUUUUGAUUAUUCUUUGCAGUGUUCAGAAUUCUGAAGUAGCACAAAUAUUCAGGUAACAAUCUGAUAAGAAAUAUGGCUGCAAAUGACCAUCAGACAACCAAAGGAUCUGCUAAAGCAGAGGUGGGAGAGAUCGAUACCAGUGCUCCAUUUCAAUCUGUUAAAGACGCUGUCAGUUUAUUUGGCGAAGGUGCUUUUUCAGGAGAAAAACCUGCUAUUAAGAAGCCAAAACCACAUUCUGCAGAAAGAGUACUUGCCAAGGAGACUCAGCUUCACCUGGCCCAAAAAGAGUUGAAUAAGUUGAAGGAACAACUGAAAAAUGCAGAAACUAUGAAAGCACAGGCCCUUGAAGAGCUUGAAAGAGCUAAACAGACUGUUGAAGAUCUGACUCAGAAGCUGAAAACUCAUAAUGAAUCGAAGUAUAUAGCCGUUAGGGCAACAGAAGCGGCUAAGCAUCGGGCAAAGCAAUUUGAAGAAACGAGAAAUAGCAAAUCUGAAGGAAAUGAUGGAUCUGCAGAGGUAGACCUGGAAACUGCUAGAGUUCAAUAUACAGCUGCAGUCACUGAACUUGAUGCAGUAAAGCAAGAACUCAGGAAAAUCCGGGAGGAAUAUAAUGCAUCUACAGAAGCAAAAAAUCUCGCCAUCGAACAAGCAGCCAAAGCUGAGAAUUCUGCUAAAGCAAAUAUGGAAAGACGUGGGGAGUUAGCCAAAGAAAUUGCGACUUUACAGGAGUCGAUUCAGCAGGUGAAGCUUGCUAGUACACAAGCACGGGAAGAGGAAGCAAGGAUCUAUGCUGAGAAGCAUAAGCAGAAGCAGUCAUAUAAAGCCAAACUUGAGGAGUCGACUAAAAAAUUGCUUGCUUUGAAGAAAGUUCUUGAUUCCGAAGUUAACAAGAAUCUGGAGACUCAACUGGCAGAAACCAUGUCCGAAGUUGAGGCUAUACAAAAAGAGAUGGGAAAAGCAAGGGCUUCGGAUCUUGAUUCUGUGAGGGCCAUUACUUCGGAGUUGGAUGAUGCUAAGGAAUCGCUAGAGAAAGUGGCAGAAGAGGAAAACUCUCUAAGAAGCCUAGUGGAUACCCUUAAGAUAGAACUGGAAAACAUAAAAAAAGAUCAUUUAGAAUUGCACGAGAAGGAAAUAGGAACUGAAUCCACUGCAGGUAAUCUGCAUGUCAAGCUCCGGAAAGCCAAGUCUGAGCUUGAAGCAGCCCUUGCAGAUGAAGCCAAAUUAAGUGGUGUCUCUGAUGAAAUGAUCUCUACCAUCUACCAGCUAUCAUUGGAGAGUGAAAAUGCUAAACAUGAAGUUGAAGAGAUGAAGCACAACGCUGAAGAACUUAAGAAAGAAGCAGAAGCAGCCAGAAUUGAGCUAAAAGAAGCAGAGACUAAGCUAAAAGUUGCGUUGAUUGAAGCUGAAGAAUUGAAGGCGGCAGAGGCUAGAACCCUCAAUCAAAUCAGGAUACUCUCUGAGAAAACUGAUGCUGCACGUGCCUCGACUUCAGAGUCCGGUGCACAGAUCACAAUAUCAAGAGUUGAAUUCGAGUCAUUAAGCCGAAAGGUUGAAGAAUAUCAAAAGUUAGCAGAACUCAAAGUCGCAGCUGCAAUAGCUCAGGUAGAAGCAGUGAGAGCAAGUGAAGAGGAAGCCAUCAAGAAGUUCGAGGCUAGCCAGAAUGAGAUUGAGGACAUGAAAACUGCUACUCAGGAGGCUUUGAAGAAAGCAGAAAUGGCUGAGGCAGCCAAGAAGGCAGUUGAGGGAGAGCUCAGACGCUGGCGUGAACGAGAACAAAAGAAGGCAGUGGAAGCAGCGUCUAGAAUUCUUGCAGAAACAGAAAAGUCCUAUGAAUCAUCUCCACAAAAUUACCAAAUGCAGAAGCAGAAGUCAGCGGAGAAAGUAAUGGAAACACGAAAAUUGGAGAAAGCAAGAACCUCUGUGACAAAGAAAGUACUGAUGCCUAAUCUUAGUGGUGUGUUUCAUAAGAAGAAAAACAAAAUUGAGGGUGGUACCCCUUCUUACUUGCCUGGUGAGAAGCCUGUGUGGUGAGUGUGGUUAGACCAUUUUUUGUGCAAAAUAUGUAAGUUUGAGAUAAACUUGUCAAUGCCUUGAUUUGUGUAUAUCUGAGACCAGUAUAAUUUUCAUGUUCA